AUGGUAGACGAAGGCUAUGGGAAAGGCAUCAUGAACUUUACUGAGGAGACUGGAAGCCAAUACGCGGUUGUUGGUCCAACGAUAUCGCCCUCCGAAGCAGACUGGCAGGCCACAUCGUACGCCAUUUCGUCCCAGUGUGCGCCUAUACCUGCUACCGCCUGCGAUAUCCAGGUGAACUCGAAUGUAACUACUGACCUUGGAACAACAAUAGUGCCCUUCGACUGCUCCAUCGCUCGCGGCUCGCCGAUCGAUUUCUCAGGGAGCUUCAUAGGCAACGCAUUCUCAUACAUCUUUUUUGAUUUCCACAAGCACUUAAGCGAAAGCGGGACAUUCACUAGGAGUGAAGGACUCAAAUUUACCCCUAAAAACGAGGAGGAAUUCAUUAUACCAAACAUAACAAAACUGGAGAGUGCUCAGAUGUUCCCAAGCACGUGGAGAUGGACCGCAGCCGCUGCUCUGGAUUUAGACAUCAAUUUGGACGAAUUACCAAGAGACAUGAAUGGCAAGGCCUGGCUGAUGGAGCCCGCGUACAGGAAUUACAUAAUGGUUGUUGCAUGUAACUCAACAGUCUACGAUGUCACAUAUAGUGCUACUGGUGGGGUAAUCAAAAGGUUGGAUGCCCAUGAGAGUAACUCUACCGUGGCGGGUAUCUCAAUUCUUCCCUCUGUCGACUACAUGGGUUUCCUGGGGGACUUAAAAUACAGCGUUUCGCGGUAUAUCAAUCCUCCAGUAUCCUUGGGACAGUGGAUCUCAGGCUUGGAACUUGGAAUGAGCACCCUUUUCGCCCUUCCUUUACUCGUGCAUACGGUGCCGGCAGACAGUAUUCUAGUGCAGACAAGAGCCAGGAAGAUUAUGACUAGAGCGCCUGUCGCUGCUGUCUGGCUGCUGGUUCUGGCAAAUCUGUUCUUCGCCGCUCUUGGAAUUGGCCUCGCCGUCAUGGCUUGGAUGGCAGCAGAUCAGGACGUUCAUCAAGUCAGGACGCGGCUUGGUGUUCCCGGAUUAGCGGCUGCUCUCUUCGAGAGGAACUCCGAGAACCGCAUCGUCAAGUCUGACAAGGAGUUGUACCAAGAGAACGACAAGGAUGGACUGCCGCUUGUCCUUGUUGGAGUUCAGCAUACUGCUACUGGAGGCAUGGCGUGGUCACUUCGCGACAACCAAACUGGCCGUCCAUGUUUGGCGGACGGAGCGAAGAUGUCGACUGCUCAAAUCAGUGAUACCACGCACUCGAUAUCAGAAGAGACGACCAGCACUGAGGAAGUCGCCCGCAGAUCCGACAGCUCCGGUAAUGAGGCUGCUGAACAUCAGCCAAUCUCCGUCGUACCUUCAGAGCCUGGAACUCAAUUCGACGCUGUCAGCCCGAUUGAACAGCCUAAUCACUGGGUGUAA